AUGGUCGGUUCAUCGGUCCACGGUGCGCUCUUUCUGUGCGCCUUCCUCCAGCUGUUCGCCCUGCCCGGCGGACAGGUGCCAAACUGCCAGGAGGUGCGCACGGUGUUCCAGUCUCUGCACCCGGGCUCCAAGUGGGUCCCCGAGACCCCGGUGUCAGGUUCAGAUCUGCAGGUUUGCCAAACCAAAGGCCCGACCUGCUGUUCCAAGAAGAUGGAGGAGCGGUAUCAGGUAGCCGCACGCAGCAAUAUGGAGUCUGGCCUGCAGGUUGUCAGUGCUCAACUCAAACGCCUCAUCAUCCAGAAUGCUGCCAUAUUCCAAGAGGCCUUUGACCUGGUGCUGCGCCAUGGCCGCAACUCUACCCUAGCCAUGCUGAAGUCAGAGUUUCCAGGUCUCGGAAGUGGGGCCCAGAGCUCGGUGGGGCAGCUCUUCUUGGACAUGUCGCUCUACAUCCUUGGCUCAGACUCCGCGGUGGACCACAUGGUGGCGGUGCUCUACGGCCGCCUCUUCCCCCUCACAUACCGCCGCCUUCUGGGGGGCAGCGUGUCCUCUGUGUCUGAGGAGUGUGUAAGAGGAGCCUGGAAGGACUCAGGAGCAUAUGGCCCUUAUCCCAAACUGAUGAUGACCCGUCUGUCUCGCUCCCUCCUGGCCACACGAGUUUUCCUGCAGGCGCUGAACCUGGGAAUCGAGGUUGUCAACACAACAGACCACCUGCGGCCCAACCGGGACUGUAGCCGGGCCCUGCUGAGGCUGUGGUACUGCCCACACUGCCAGGGCUUGCUGGAGCCGCUGGCCUGCAGAGGCUUCUGUCAGGCAGUGAUGCACGGCUGCCUGGGGGGAGCGGCCGAGGUGCAGCCUCACUGGAGGAGCUACGUUGACGGACUGGGGAAGCUGGCUGGUUCCAUGAGGGGAGAGCAGGACAUGGAGGCUGUUGUUCUAAGACUGCCUUCAAUGAUCAAACUGGCUCUUAAGCAUGCUGUGAACUCCCGCAGUCGCCUCAGCGCCCUGGUGAACGGGAUGUGUGGACACACUCCUCAGCGGACCUCACGCUCAGUCGGAUCUCUGCCUCCCCAGCCUCCUGCUGUCUCUGCAGCCCGCAACGCACAGCCCUCAUCCUCCGACUCUGAUGAAACUUUGGCUGGCCUCCGCAGGGAGUUCAUAUCCAACCUGAGGGGCUUCAGCUCCUUCUACAGUGGUCUUGGGGAGGCGUUGUGCAGCCGUGAGCCUGCUCCAGCGAACCACUCCCUCUGCUGGAAUGGGCAGGAGAUGACAGACAGGUUUCCCGGGCCCGGCCUGAAGCGAUCACACCCCGGCUCUGAGUCCAGGAGCAACAAGCCCCCCGAGCCAAUCAUCAGCCAGAUCAUAGACAAACUCAAACACAUCAACCAGUUGCUGCGGCUCGUGACGGUAUCUGAGAAACGCUGGCGAGCCCGGUCGCGUGGUGGUGGACUGGAUGGGUGGGGCGAUGAGGGCGAAGAGGGAUUCGAGAGCGGCGACUGUGACGAUGAAGACGAGUGCACCGGGGUGUCAGGGCUGGGGCCGCCACCGAGACGCAAGCGGCUGCGCAUCUUUGCAGACCUUGCUGAUAACCUAGCAAUGGACGACUUCACCUUCCAGGAGCAGCUACUGACCCCUCGGUUGGCCACUACCGGCGUCGGAGGUGUCUCCUCACCUGCGGCUCCGCUCUGGAGGAGCUACCUGGUCCCGACACUCCCUGUGACGCUUGCUCUGCUCCUGCUUUGUCAGCACUGACCAGUGCCCUCACACUCUCCCAUCACCUCUUUACCGUAGGAUUCGAUACAAAAUCUGUGGAACAUGAAAAAUUUUUUGUUAUGUACUGGUUCCUGAUGUAAAGUUCAGUGGCUAAUCACAGGAAGCAUGAACAACAGAAAAUGUUACAUUUCUCUUUAUCUGUCUCAGCAAGAACGUGUUUUGUUUUAUUCAAAAUCACUGGAUGUUCUCAACAAACCUAUUAAAGCACAGAAGAUAAACCCAUGGCAUUGUGUAAAUAAGAAACUUGCCCUGUGGUCCACUCCCACUAUGGUUGUUACAAUUUUUGAGCCCUCUUGCCUCACCUCCUCUCUGCUCUCAUAUCAACUUCUGUAUAGUUACAAAAUGGCGAGAACCCCCAUCAUUAGUAGGCCUUGUUAUUGGCCUACAAGUGAGGAGCUACUUGGAAAACAGACACAAAGUGACCUUUUUAAAAUGCUCCCACUCCCAGUGCCCUGCAGGAACAAGCUGAGAGGAAGAGGAAGGCUUCUGCUACUCUCUUCCAUGGCAGUGAAUGAUCUCCUCCCAGGACUGGACAUCACCUGGUUGCUUGUUUUAGUAAACUCCUUAUCCCAGAAGGCUGAGGUGAAACCUUCAUUUAGAGAUGCACUGUACCUGCAAAUAUUCUGUUACUACUUAAAUCUCCUUCAUUCUCUCUCAUUGUUUGUGUCCUAGUGAUAGCUACAUUAUUUCAGACGGAUUCCCUCAACUCCAGUGUUUUCACUUCUACCGUCAGUGUUUGCUUUAUUUCAUAAGGCUUUCAUAAGGCUGAUAAUUUUAACAGUAACAGCCCUAUGAUUAAAAAAAAGACUCAAGGGCUAUCAACAGAACACAAGUCUCCAAAUCAGCCUGAUAACUGUACAGAUGUGUGUUUCUCUGUGUUGGUGCCAUGUUUACAAAAAUAUGUUGAUUUACAAUAUUGACAUAUUUCACAAGAAAAUGUUGUUUGUGGACUGAAUUAUUGGCUGGAGUGUGAAGCAUUGCUGCAUUUCUAGCUUAUUCUUUAGCACUGUAGGUAAGGCAAGGAGUAAUAUGAAAUAUAAGUAUGUAUAAAAAUAUGUGUAAAUUGAUUUAUGUUGGUUUGCAUUGUGCUCUUACAUUCUAAAAUUGUUACCUUUGUAUUGAAUCAUUUGUUCUUCAAUGUUCAGUUUAAACCAGAAUUCAGAUUCCUUUAUUGUUUGUUUAAUUUUGUUUGCUUUUCAUAAUGAAAUGUGGUGAAAAUUGGAUUCCAGCUCCAGCUUUGUUAAGACUGGAGAACAUGCAAUGGAUGUGUAAAUGAAUCCGCUGCUGCCACCCAGCUGAUUUCACAGCUGUAAGUGCUGACUCUACUCCCUCCAAACUAUUUGACCAGUCAUAUCAGGAGAAUCAUAGGUGUAACUAAUAACAGUAACAAUGGUUCCGGCUCUUAUACUGUAUGUGUGCCAGUAAUUCAUGUCAGUGGUUCAGCAUGCAGAGCACCAGGGUCCUUACACCUGAACACCUAAACAGGAUGCAGCCCUAAUUAAUGUUAUUAGUUAGAGAAAGGUCUGCUAUCACCCAGCAAACAUCCAGGCAUGGCAGAUCAGGGAGUGGAGUUGGAUAAAAACUGAUGCCCAGUGACAUGUUUUUUUGUUUGUUUGUUUUUCAGGUGAAUGUUGAUGGGGAAAGUACAAUGU